ACAAGACUCCCAUUACUACUUAAUCAAGAGGAAUUGAGAUUGACCUAUCCAUCAUCUUUCUCAAGACUACUUCUGUCUUCAUGAGGCAAAAUUUGAAGAGAAAACGAUGGUGGCUGGGUGGUUGACAAGUUACUCUCAGAUGUGUUUUCUCCUAGUGGAACAGAGCUCCUACAAGCAAAGAGGGUCUGCUUAGGGACCACAUCUCUCAUCAAACUUCUUCGGACCACAGGCCUCUCACGUGGUUAACAGAUUUCACAGGGAAAUGAUCCUACUAUCCCAGUGUUUACUAAUUCAGUCUGACUCUCAUCCAUGCUGAUUAUAUGCUUUCAUUUUGCUGUGAUAGGGAGAGAAUGCACUUGUGCUUCUCAGAAUUUGUGCUGUCACUAGAGCAUUUAUUUGAGUGUCUGUGAUGUACUCAGGAUUGUACUAAAACCUGUCGAUAGCGAAGCGAUAAGAAGUCACAAUCUAGUUGUGCUGAGAUAUAUUCAGUUAGGUGAAAGAGGUGCUCUUCAAGCCAUGUGACUAGAUGAGAUCACCAGUGGAUAUGUACAGACAGGAGAAGAAAGUGAGGACCGUCAAGUGACAGGGACCAAAGAGUCUUGUCAAGGCCUGCCAAGACAAGGUCCCUCAUUGGCCAGUCAACAUAGUGGAGAAGGUACUUGCUUGAUGCCAGCAUGUGUGUGAUGGUUUAGGACUCAGUGACCUUUGAGGAUGUGGCUGUGGACUUCACCCAGGAGGAGUGGACUUUGCUGGAUCAAACUCAGAGAAACUUAUACAGAGAUGUGAUGCUGGAGAACUACAAGAAUCUAGUUGCAGUAGAUUGGGAGAGUCAUAUUAAUACCAAAUGGUCAGCACCUCAGCAGAAUUUUUUGCAGAGGAAAACAUCCAGUGUGGUGGAAAUGGAGAGAAACCAUUUUGGAGAGGAACUGUUUGACUUUAACCAAUGUGAAAAAGCCUUGUGUGAACACUCAUGCCUUAAGACUCACAGGAGAACCUACUUUAGAAAGAAAACCUGUGAGCGUAAUCAGUGUGAAAAAGCCUUCACAAAACCCUCUACUUUACACAAGAAAACUGAUAUUGGAGAGGAACUUCCUAACUGUAAUCAAUGUGAAACAGCCUUCAGCCAACAUCUACGUCUUGUUUGCAAGAAAACUAGCCAAAAUCUACAUCUUGUUUGCAAGAAAACUCACACUCAAGAGAAACCAUACAAAUGCAGUGACUGUGAAAAAGGCUUACCUUCCUCCUCACACCUCAGAAAAUGUGUAAGAAUUUAUGGUGGAGAGAGACCAUAUACUCAUGAGGAGUAUGUCAAAACCUUUUCUGAUUCUACAGGCCUUUUUGUACAUACGCAAACUCAAGAUGGAGAAAAAUUCUAUGAAUGUAAAGCAUGUGGGAAAGCCUUCACUCAGUCUUCAUAUCUUACUCAACAUUUAAGAACUCAUAGUAGAGUGUUACCUAUAGAACAUAAGAAAUUUGGCAAAGCCUUUGCUUAUUCCCCAGAACUUGCUAAACAUAUGAGACUUAGAACUAGAGGGAAACACUAUGUUUGUAAUGAAUGUGGCAAAGAGUUUACUUGUUUCUCAAAACUCAACAUUCACAUAAGGGUUCACACUGGAGAAAAACCAUAUGAGUGCAACAAAUGUGGGAAGGCCUUCACUGAUUCUUCAGGUCUUAUAAAACACAGGCGAACUCACACUGGAGAAAAGCCUUAUGAAUGUAAGGAAUGUGGGAAAGCUUUCGCUAACUCUUCACAUCUUACUGUACAUAUGAGAACUCACACUGGUGAGAAGCCUUAUCAAUGUAAGGAAUGUGGAAAAGCCUUUAUUAAUUCCUCUUGCUUUAAAAGUCACAUGCAGACUCACCCUGGUGUAAAACCCUAUGACUGUCAACAUUGUGGGAAAGCCUUUAUUCGAUCUUCAUUUCUUAUUCGACAUUUAAGAAGUCACAGUGCGGAAAGGCCUUUUGAAUGUGAGGAAUGUGGGAAAGCCUUUAGAUACUCCUCGCACCUUAGUCAACAUAAAAGAACACACACAGGGGAGAAGCCAUAUAAAUGUCAAAAGUGUGGGCGAGCCUUCGCUAUCUCAUCAGGCCUUACAGUACACAUGAGAACUCACACUGGCGAACGGCCCUUUGAAUGUCAGGAAUGUGGGAAAGCCUUUACUCGGUCCACGUAUCUUAUUCGACAUCUAAGAAGUCACGGUGUGAAAAAACCAUAUAAGGAAUGUGGGCAGACCUUUAGUAAUUCCUCAUGCCUUACUGAAUGUGUGUGAAUUGGGGCUGAUAUUUGGAAAGAAUGUGGUAAAGCCACUACUUCCUCACACUUACUGAACAUGUACUCAUAGUGGCAGUGUACACAGUCAUAAGGAAUGUGGGAAGCCUUCCUUGGUGUCUCAGAUCUCAGCAAUUCCAAUAGAAGAGAAGACAUAUGAAUGUAAGGAAUGCGGGAAAGUCUUGGCUCCUUCCACAGGCCGUACUUACUAUUCAUGUGUCUGUGCAUCCUAGGAAACAAACUGAAUGUAGAAAACCAUCAGUUGAUGCUUACAUCUUACUGAGUCUGUUUGAACUCAUGCUGGAGAGAAAUGCUGUGAAUGUGAGGAAGGUGGAAAAGCUUUCAUUAUUUUCCUCAGGCCUUAUUGAGCUUGUGAGCACAUUGGAUGUAAAUGCACAUCCUCUGGAUGUAAGGAAUGUGUUGAAACCUUUUGCUCUGCCUUAUGCCUUAAUAUUAACUGUGAUCUCACAAGUGUGAAAAAUCUUGAAUGUAAGAUGUGUGGAGAUUCUUCUUUGUUUUUAGCUUCCACUUUGGGAACAUGUCAGAUCACACAUUGGGAAGUCCCAUGAGUGAAAGAGAUGUUGGAAAGCCCUUGAACUUGGUCAUUAGGAAACAUCCACACUGAAGAGGAACUAAACUGUAUGGAAGGUCAAAAAAGCUGUAUUAAUUUAGAUGCAAAAAGUCAUACUAGAGGAAUACCAUAUCAGAAUGCUUUUGGUAAAUAUACAUGUUUUAAAGAGGUAUAUAUUAUUAAUAAAAAUAUCUAGCUGAUCUGAA